AUGCUGGCUUUUAAGCUGACAACGCCCCCACCCCCCCCUCCCUUGGUCUUCAGCAAUUUGCAGGCCCAACGACCCGAAGGACUUCCAGACUUCAUCUCCGUUCCUGAUAAGGAGCCCUUCUAUGCCACAAUUUGGAAACAAUGGGGUGAGCAGCCGGCGCAGGUGGGUGCUUACGAUCCGCGGCUUUCGAAUCUGACGCAGGAUGAGAGGAGUGGCUUCCUGGGAGUACUGGUGGCUGCCAUAUUUCUCGUGCCCUUGGGAGUGAUGGCCGCCUUUGGUUCUAUCCUCAAGUUUCCAUGGUCGAGACCUAGCGAGGAGUUAAAGCCCGGCGACAAGAAGGUUGAGGUCGACUUCAGUGACCUGCGUGACAUGUGGUGA